UGACGAGGGCCUGCGCUUCGUGUCAAUGAAACAUCGAGAAAGACUGAAUUCGCAUCUUACUGAAUCCAAUACUAACGAGACCAAUUUCAGUUUUCACGGAAUAUAUUGGCCUUAUCGGACUAUUGGAAUAAUAUUGACGUACUUGCGCGUGGAGUGUGCAAGUCGCUCGUUGGACAACGGGCCUGACAGACUGCCUAAUGAACUUUAUUACUUUCUGAGCUCACAGACUCAAGUCGAGUUGUUUUCUCACUCUCAACAUGGCGGAGUGAACUAGCGAAUUUUAUAACUGUCACGCACGUUGUUGGAAUUUCUUUAAAUUCACUUAUGGACUCUUGGCUUACCUCAAAAGGAAACUAAAUCAACUCCCUUAUGCUUGGCUAUGCUGCAGAAUCUUCAUUAAGAGGCCUUCAAUUUUUACACAUGCAUACAUCAUGAAAUUUUAUUGGUGUAAGUCUGCAGGAGUGGCUUUAUGAACCACUUCUCACGCAGAACAUUUACGGAGCAUCGAGAAGGAUGAAAAGUUUCAAAAAUUAAUUCAAUUCUCUAUGAUGAUUUCAAGGUCCAUAAAUAAUUUUUCGUUGGGGCUUAAUCAUAACUUUUGGCAAAUAUAUCGAAUUGAAUUUAAUUUAGAAAUUAAUUAAAUCUUUGAUUUUUAUAUACUGAGAAGUAUUUGAAACUUGACUAUGACGAUGACAUUAUGCUUGGAUUAAAUCCAGUCAAGGAUAGGAUUAAUUUGUAGUAAUUAUAGCAAUUUUACUGGAGUAACGUUCGGAGUACGUAUGAAGGAAUUAUGAGAAUUGGACUUGAAUAAAGUUUUUAAAGACUCCAACAUGUUGAGAAAAAUAUGGAAGUAUGGGCUAGGCUAAUGAUAUCAGUACAACGUUAAGAUUUAACGGUCCAUCUUUGACUUUCCAGUUAUUCUAAAAGGUAUUUAAAUCAUACGGAACGCUCCGAAUAAGAGACGCGAUGGAAGAGUCCAUUUUGUGCGACUUGGAAAGCCAAUGGAGCAGUCUGCAUUGCUACAACGGCGUGGCGUUCGCGCGGAGCUCAUAUAUUUGUCGGACAGCUACCCGUGAAAGUACAUGCUAUAAGUGCGAUAUAUACAUGAUGGAGAGCGCGUCGACUGAGAAGAUGAACAAAUCCAUCCAACUACCUCGGACCACUAUAUAGAUGCGCGUUUUAUCUUCAGGGAAAUAUAUUUGCUCCCCCCGCGAGGCAGGAUACGCACACCGGCAGGUCGAAUCCGAAGUCCGAGCACUUUGCCGAGAUAAAACGCAGCGUAGUAGAUGUCACUUGAGCUCUAUACUGCUAUCAGCCCAAAUAUGGACGUAACGUCGAAUUUUAUCGGGAAAAUAAUGCCAGAGGCUAUCGAUUGAGCUGGCAAGAUGUGAGAAACGAACGAUGUCGGUGGUGGAAUCCUUGGCACUUACACCUAUGUAUUCGGUAGACAGCGCUGUGCCUUCAUGUGUAUUGUAUAUAGUCAUACAAAAAUGACGUACAACGUCUAUUACAGCGGCUCACGCCUGAUCACGGCAGUGGGUGAACAGCCUCACAAAGAUGAGAGACAAAAGCUAUUUAAAGAGGCUGAUAGCAUAGCUUAUGAUGUAUAAGAGGUGGAAAAUCGACAAACCGCGCCAACUCACCUACGCUAAAUGCUUGCCAUUAUUUUCAUUCAAUUUCGCCAAUGGUGCUGUUUCUUGUCUUCGGAUUUACCGUGGCCUUUGCACAUCUUCUACAUUUUUUCAUUGUAGAUUAAUGUUACAAAAAACAUUUCGAUUUGCGUAACCCAAAGACCUUACUUUUCCAUGCUGGCAAUCUAUUCAAGCUCGUUGCCUCGGCGAACAGUCUAUGAGACAGACAGUGUCAGGCCAGUACUUUUAAAUAUAUGUGUGACCAAUAAGUGUCAAAUUUUUCAAACUUCGUAAUUGAUGAAUCGAUUAUUUAAUGUGCAACUUGCUUUUUGUUCGUCGAUUCAAUGAGAAGCUUUUUUAUAGAUAGACAAAUACUUCUCAUAACACAACUAUAUUUUAAGGUUUCGAAAAUCCUCAUCGAUGCAGUUUCAACUUCAUCGAAUCCUUUGAAAUUCAUAGUCAAUUUAAUUUAAGGAUGUGUGUCGCUUUAUUGGGCAAUAAAUUUUGAACGACUCCAAAUUCGAUGCAGAACAUCGCACGUGCUAGGAAUUUAGCUGAUUUUCCAAGACAUCAUUACUUCAAAAAAAUAUCACUCGUCGUCAAGAUGUUUCGGCUAGCGUUUCUAUUGCUCGCGUUUUCUUUCAACGUCUUCCAUUGCAGCCCUACUCCAGACUUUCCACACACAGGUUUGAUUCUACGUCCGAACGUUAAUUCGCCCUUUUGGAUUAGAGCAGUGAGUAAUUCUGGAUUUAUCAAAAAUUUAGAAAACCGAAACUUACCAAUCGGCGAUGGCGUUCGAGAUUUGUUUAAAAACAUGAGAGGUAAAAUGCUCAUCAAGGAUUCGAUGAAUUCUGGAGCAGGCGUGAUGGGCAUGGGAUUGGAUCUGAAUUCAAAUCCACUAAAAUCAGGAAUGGCCAACGAUAUGGUGGAGCGCAUGAUGAAAAUGAUGCGCCCAGGAAGUAUAUCUAUUGAUCUUUCCAACGUAAAAUUUGACCCGAGCAAAGAUUGGGGCUUUCGCCUCGGCAAUUGGUAUCUGAUCCGCAAGUUCGAGCCAGGAGAGGAAUCGUCACGCAAAAAUCUCGAAGAAUGGAUUAAUUGGGACGAUCUAAUAAGCGACGAUGAUAUGACUUUGUGGGGUAUUUCAACGAGAAAACCUGUAGAAGUCAAUUCUUACGCAACAAGUCAUUCUUCUACAUCACUUGAAAUUGCCACCAAAGAGAUGGUAACUUCAACGAUCAAAGAGAUCGAUACAGAGACGAAUGAACGUAAUGACAUUGCAAAUGAUAAUGUAAUAGUUGCGAACACAUCAACUCAAGUCACAACUUCCGAAUAAGCACAAUAAUAAAUAAUUUAGGCAUCUUAUAUUUUAUUAACAUUUUAAAUUAAGAGUUCAAAAUU